AUGGAUAUUGAAGAAACCUCACAACCCGGGAUUGGAGAGAAGACUCCAGGAAUGGAGAGAACCAAAGACAAGGGUCUGGCCUUCCUUACCAGGAACGACAACCUGAUGGACCACGACAGUCCGACCCUCCAUACGGCGGAACGACAUCAUGUCGUCGCCUAUCAGUCAUCUCAACGGCUGUUUGUUGAGAAGGACCACCGUGAUCAUGUCAUCGACUCGAUGAGUCUAGAGAUUGAGGAGCUACGUGCUCAACUGAGGAAGCAGAUGACAUAUGGCGAUUUGGAAGAAGAUGUUUGUAGCGAGCCGUUGGCAGCUCUAUACUUCAAACAAGGCCUCCCCCCUUCACAUAAGCACAGGCAGUCAUUGACGAAACGGCCCACCUCUGACUUGAAAGAGCUAAGGGCUCGAAUAGAGGAGCGAGCCCGUGUGGAAGAUGACACAACCUUUAUACAAGUGUCAGUUGCAGAUGAGGGAGUUAAGGCCUCUUGGCAACAUAGAGCCAAACAGCCUAGGAGGGAGGACCAAAGAAGAAGGUAUGGCCAAAAUAAGCAACCGACCAUGCAAACUAAAGAAGAAAGGAGUAGAUCCUAUGAAGCCAUAACCACUAUCUUCACGGGGCCGAUCUACAAGCUCUUGGAAAAAAUCAAGGGAGAACCUUACUUCGUUUGGCCUCCUAAGAUGAUGGGGGACCCAAUUCGGCGCAACCAGGAGUGGCGGCGCACCUACCAUCGUGAGAAAGGACAUAAGACGCAGAACUGCAGAGACUUUAAGAGGCAUUUCGAAGACUUGGUCACUGUCCGCCACCUCCAGCAAUGGAUUGAUGUGGAAAAGACAAGGGCAAAACAGGGACAACCUCCAAUCCCUCUACCAGAGGACCAAGACCUAAGGCUAGUGAUAAACGUUAUCCAUGGGAUGACAGACCCCCAAAGGGAGAAAACCCUUCGUGGUGAGAUUCAAAGAGCCACACACUUGCAACAAGUCAUGUCAGUAGGACCAUUGCUCAAGAAGUCCAGAACGGAAGCAAAGCCCUCUCAGUUCGACAUUGUGUUCUCCGAGAAAGAUCUGGAAAGGAUCCAGCAUCCUCACACUGAUGUCCUGAUCGUCACCGUCGGUGUGGCGAACAAAUUUGAUGUGAAACGGAUCCUAAUUGAUCAAGGGAGUGCCGCUGACAUUAUGUAUUAUGACCUUUUCAAAAAGCUAGGUCUUGAUGAGCAACACUUAAUCCCUGCAGUCUCCUCUUUGAUCGGCUUCAAUGGAUAA